UGCAUUUAAAAGCCAAGUACUGUGGCCGUUAUUUAAUAUUGUAAUACCGUUGAAGUGUAAGAGGACAGCAUAUUAAGAAAAUCAGAUAUUAUUUCUCAGAGUGGACGGCAAGUGGCAGCCAGAGAAUGGUUCAAAUGUUGGGGCUUCUCUCGACGGCUGCUUUGCCUUUACGGAUCGCAGUAAAACCUUCGGUACGCAGUUCAGUGGUGUCAGCAAGGAAUGUAUUUGUGCUGCCCGUCUACCGUGGCUGUUCUGUCAGGAUUCUUGCACAAAAUAAGUUGUCAUCUCAUGGAUUCUAUUCAUCUCAUGGACUACUAUACUCUGCUGAGCUUCCAAAAGAGGGUAAAGGGAAGGAAUCACGUGGCAGGGGAGGCCGUCGAAGUGGCAGGAAAAGAGCAGGGAAAGAUUGGUGGAGCCGCAUGAAGAUGGGAGACAUCCCAUGGGAUGAGAAGGAGUUCCUUGCCCUGGCAAUGCUAGUAACUGGGAUAUCAUCUGCCGCACUCUACUAUCAGUUCAGUGACACAGCCAAGGAGAUCACCUGGAAGGAAUUUGUCUAUCAUUACCUUAGCAGAGGAAUGGUUGACCGUUUAGAGGUUGUCAACAAACAGUAUGUGAGAGUCAUUCCAUUACCAGGGGCUGAUGAGAGCCAUGUGUGGUUUAACAUCGGUAGUGUGGACACCUUCGAGAGGAACUUGGAGGCGGCUCACCACGAGCUGGGUGUGGAGUCCUCUCAUAGGGCAGCUGUUGUGUACAGCUCAAAAAAUGAUGGGACAUUAUUGAUGCGUGUGAUCCCCACCCUGGGGUUGAUUGGUUUCCUGCUCUUCUCCCUGCGACGGGGACCAAUGGGAGGUGGUGAUUGGACCGCCUUCACCCCAUUCAGUAUCAGGGAAUCACCAGCGAAGAUGAUGUACAACAUCAACACCAAGUUCAAGGAUGUGGCCGGCUGUGAGGAGGCCAAGCUGGAGAUCCUGGAGUUUGUUAACUUCCUGAAGAACCCCCAGCAGUACCUGAACCUGGGGGCCAAGAUCCCAAAGGGUGCUGUGCUCUCUGGACCUCCAGGCACAGGCAAGACCCUGCUGGCCAAAGCCACAGCAGGAGAAGCCAAUGUCCCCUUCAUCACAGUCAAUGGCUCAGAGUUCCUGGAGUUGUUUGUGGGUGUUGGGCCUGCCAGGGUGAGAGACAUGUUUACCUUGGCCCGGAAGAACGCCCCCUGUAUCCUGUUCAUAGAUGAGAUAGACGCGGUGGGCCGCAAGAGGGGCGGGGGAAAUUUUGGGGGCCAGAGUGAGCAGGAGAACACACUCAACCAGCUGCUAGUGGAGAUGGAUGGGUUCGAUACCAGAACUAACGUGGUUGUCCUGGCGGGUACCAACAGACCGGACAUCUUGGAUCCUGCACUAAUGAGGCCUGGUAGAUUUGACAGGCAGAUUUACAUAGGCCCACCUGACAUCAAAGGCAGAGCGUCCAUCUUCAAAGUGCACUUGCGGCCCAUCAAACUGGACCCUGCUAUGGCCAAAGACGGAUUGGCCAGGAAGAUGGCUGCCGCCACACCAGGCUUCACUGGAGCCGACAUAGCUAACGUGUGCAACGAGGCUGCCCUAAUCGCUGCUAGACACCUCAACCCACAUGUGGAAGGAAAACACUUUGAGCAGGCCAUCGACAGGGUCGUCGGCGGUCUUGAGAAGAAGACCCAGGUGAUGCAGCCCAAUGAAAAGAAGACUGUUGCAUACCAUGAGGCUGGACAUGCAAUAGCGGGCUGGUUCCUGCAACAUGCUGACCCACUGCUGAAGGUGUCCAUCAUCCCCAGAGGGAAGGGGUUUGGGUAUGCCCACUACGUUCCCAAGGAGCAAUACCUGUACACGCGGGAGCAGCUGUUUGACAGGAUGUGUAUGAUGCUGGGAGGACGUGUGGCUGAAAAGGUCUUCUUUGAGAAAAUCACCACAGGAGCUCAGGAUGACCUGAAGAAGGUCACCCAGUCAGCCUACGCACAGGUUGUGCAGUUUGGGAUGAGUGAGAAGAUAGGCCAGGUGUCGUUUGACCUGCCUCAGCAGGGGGAGAUGGUGAUGGAUAAACCUUACAGCGAGGCCACGGCAGAGCUCAUAGACCAGGAGGUCAGAGACCUGGUGGACAGCGCCUACCAGAGGACCAUGGAGCUCAUUGUGGAAAAGAGGGAGUGUGUGGACAUGGUGGGGAAGCGUCUCCUAGAGAAGGAAGUCCUGUACAAGGCGGACAUGCUGGAGCUGCUGGGGCCACGGCCGUUUGAGGAGAAGUUGACAUAUGAGGAUUUUGUGGAGGGGACUGGCAGUUUUGAAGAGGACACCAGCCUGCCAGAGGGCCUGAAGAACUGGAACCAGGAGAGGGGACGUAGCUGAGGAGCCUGCCCCAGUUAAGGAGAAACGGGGCCAAUAGGCAGGACACCCAGUGACUGGUGACCUUUUAGUUUGUCUCAGCACAACAUGCAUCACUUCAAUCAUGUUGCCUAGGCAGAAGGGAGGUUUGGGUGGGCUUAGCGUAGCACAGUGUCCAGGGACAUAUUUAUCUGAGUUCAAAGCAAACUUUCAAGCCCGAAUUCAGAUCUUUGAAUGCCAUAUUUGGGGUGACACACAUUUUACUCAAAGGAAGAAUAUGAUUGACAGCAGACUCAUUGAGAUUUGCUCUUUUUAGGAGUUUGAUUUACUUCUCUCCCCACAUGUUUGUCAUAACUGAAUCAUGUACAGUCGGGUACAAAAUUAUUAGCACCCUUGAUGAAGAUGAGCAAAAAAUACUUUAUAAAAUUAAUACAAAGGGAGCUAUAUUUUAUGCAACUUUUUUUAUAAUACAAUUGCUCCGAGAAGGAUAAUUGAAUUAACAAGUGAUACUUUCUGUUGAAAAAGAUGGGGGGGGGGGGGGGGGA